ACAACCCCAAAGUGCGCCAGCGGAGAAGCGCCUGGCAACACGACCGCACUAUGAACCGACUGUCUCUGGAAUAAACGUUGUUUAGCAGCUCCAGGAUCAUUACACAACUCUCCAGAGUCACAUCAGGAGGACAUGGGGUGGGACACUGUCACCAGAGAGGAUUCUCAUCAUUUCAUGGUGAACUCUGAGGUGCAGAGCUGCUCGAUUUAAAUGCAUAGCUGGACAACAUCUGGCUGUAUGAUGCAUUUUACCUCCCCAUAGAUUUUAUUGUAAGUACCAAGAGCUGAGCAGCCAUUACCCUUCAGUGCAUUACCUGAAUGGAAAUAUGGACACCUUCAAUGGAGGAAUUGUGACUCAACAUGCCCAGGAACUAUGAGCCUGGUCACUCAGUAGGGAUGUUGGCUGCCGUGGAACAUGGUCCCAUCCUCUGCAGUGACUCCAACAUCCUCUGCCUCUCGUGGAAAGGCCGGGUCCCCAAGAGCGAGAAGGACAAGCCAGUGUGCCGGAGACGGUACUAUGAGGAGGGCUGGCUGGCCACAGGGAAUGGGAGAGGAGUCGUUGGGGUGACGUUUACAUCGAGCCACUGCAGGAGGGACAGAACUACACCUCAGAGAAUCAAUUUCAAUCUUCGAGGACACAACAGUGAGGUUGUCUUGGUGCGCUGGAAUGAACCCUUUCAGAAGCUGGCCACCUGUGAUAUGGAGGGAGGUAUAUUUGUGUGGAUCCAGUAUGAAGGGAGGUGGUCAGUAGAGCUGGUGAAUGACAGAGGAGCACAGGUGAGUGACUUCACUUGGUCACAUGACGGCACUCAGGCCCUCAUCGCGUACAGAGAUGGCUUUGUGUUGGUUGGCUCGGUCAGCGGGCAGAGACACUGGUCUUCUGAGAUUAACCUGGAGAGUCAGAUCACCUGUGGCAUCUGGACACCUGAUGAUCAACAGGUCCUGUUUGGAACAGCAGAUGGUCAGGUGAUAGUGAUGGACUGUCACGGACGAAUGCUCGCCCAUGUCCUGUUACAUGAGUCUGAUGGGAUCGUGAGCAUGUCCUGGAACUGCCCGGACUUUUUGGUGGAGGACAGCACAGAGAGCGACACGGACUCUGACGACAAUAUUCUGCCUUUGGUGAGGAGAGUGAAGCCUUUGCUGACGGUCACCUUCUUAUCAGGCGAUAUCAGCCUAAUGAACAACUAUGACGACCUCUCUCCUGCUGUUAUCCGCUCAGGGCUGAAAGAUGUCGAGGCCCAAUGGUGCUCUCAGGGAGAUCUCCUGGCUGUGGCGGGCAUGGAGAGACACGGACUUCCUGUUGACGCUGCCUGUGCAUCCAUCAUGAGGAACGCCCUAGUUAAGUUCUAUAACGUCCAAGGGGAGCAUAUCUACACGUUGGAAACACCUGCACAAAGACCCAUCACCACCAUCUGUUGGGGUCACAGAGACUCUCGCCUGUUCCUUGCGUGCGGGCCGGCUCUGUAUGUGGUGCGUGUGGAGCACAGGGUGGCCAGCCUCCAACUUUUAUGCCAGCAGGGCAUCGCCAGCGCCCUGCGAGAGGAGAAAGAUGUGGGGAAACUGAACAUGCCCUCACUGCUCUGCUCCUACGUCACAACUGCCUUCAUACCCACCAUCAAGCCCCCCAUCCCCGACCCCAACAACAUCCGUGACUUUGUCAGCUAUCCCACAGCUGGGAACGAGCGGCUCCACUGCACCAUGAAGCGAGCUGAGGACAGCCCUGAGGCAGGAGGACCCUGUUACACUCUGUACCUAGAAUAUUUAGGAGGUCUGGUACCUAUUCUCAAAGGAAGGAGAAUCAGCAAACUACGGCCAGAGUUUGUCAUCAUGGAUCCAAAAACAGACAGCAAAGCAGAGGAGGUGUGUGUGAAUCCCAUGAUUUCAUACACUGACAGCUGCAACUGCUCCGACUCCAGUGACAUUGAGUUGAGCGAUGAGUGGGUCGGGAAGAAGUCCCCAAAGCUAUCCAGAGGAAACAGGUCCCACAGACUGAACAUGAUGACCAUGGAAUUGAGAAAAUCUCCCAAACUGUCACGGGCCAAUCAGGAGGGCCAGCGGUCACCACGGUUGCCGACAAAGAAGCCUCCAAUUCGGUCUCCAAGUUUGACACGUCGAGAGUUUUCUAUGGACGGGAUCACAGAGCACAACUACCUUGCUCAAGUCACAUCCAACAUUUGGGGGACAAAAUUCAAAAUAGUUGGACUUGCUUCUUUUCUCCCUGCCAAUCUUGGUGCAGUCAUCUAUAAGACCAGUUUGCUCCAUCUGCAACCACGACAGAUGACUAUCUACCUUCCAGAAGUGAGGAAGAUUUCCCAUGACUUUAUGAGCCUGCCUGUGUUCAACCCCAAUGUGUUCAGUGAGGAUGAGGAUGACUUACCAGUGAUGGGUCCAUCAGGAGUGGCAGGAGACAAUCCUCCCUGUACAGUCAACAUUCCCAUUGCUCCAAUCCACAGCCCGGCACAGGCCAUGUCUCCAACCCAAAGUAUCGGCUUGGUUCAGUCACUUCUGGCCAAUCAGAAUAUUCAGCUUGACGUCCUGACCAACCCAACAGCUACUGCAGCAGCUGCAGCCGCGGCCGCUGCUGCCUCCGUCCCUGUUACUGAUCAUGGGCAGGAUGCAGUUGCUUCACCAUAUCCUGUGCCAACUAGAUACUCAAACCCCGGGCAGGUGAUCUUCAACGGGCUGGAGAUGGGUCCGCUUCUUCCUGGUACACUUCCUCCUCCACCUCCUCCCCACCAUCUUCCCCCACAGCCUCAUCCACAGCGCUCUCACUCGCAGCAGCCUCGCCAACCACCAUCCAAGCAGUCCCAGCAAAUGCAGGCACAGCAGCAGCAGAAAAUGCACCAUCAUCAACAACAGCAGCAGCAACAACACCACCAUCAGUCCCAAUCCCAGCAGCAGCAGCAGCAACAACAACAACAACAACAACAACAACAACAACAACAACACCAACAGCAGCAGCAGCAGCAACAACAACAACAACAACAACAACAACAACAACAACAACAACAGCAACAACAACAACAACAGCAACUCCAGCAGCAACAUCAACAGCUACAGCAACUGCACCACCAGCAGGCACUACUUCAACAACAGCAACAACAACAACACCAACAACUCCAACAACACCAACAACACCAACAACUCCAGGCUCAGCAACACCAACAACUGCAACCAAAUCAACCAGUGACACCCCAACAGUUUCAUCACCAACAGCAAAUCCAGCAUCAGCAGCACCAGAUGCAGAUGCAGCAUGAACAGAUGCAGCAACAGCAGCAGCAGAUGCAGCAGCAACAGCAGCAAAUCCGGCAACAGAUUCAGGAGAUGAGGCAGCAGCAGCAGCAGCUCCAGCAGCAGCACCAGCAGAUACAGCAGCAACAUCAACAGAUGCAGAGGCAGCACCAACAAAUGCAGCAGCAACUGAAGAUGCAGAUGUCACUGCCCCCUCCUCCUACUGGAUACCCAACCAUUUCCUUACAACAGAUUCAUAUUCUGCCUCAGAUUCCUCCUCCGAUCACUGAGCCAGGGCUGAACAGAUUAGAGCAUGGGCACACUCUUAAACCAAGUCUGCCACGGACUUUACCUCCCUUCAGUGACCCUGAGGGAUCCAUGGAGAUGCAAAUGAGGAAGGCUAAUCCUCCUCCUCCGUAUCCAGGCACUGUUGUGUCUGCAGCCACAGUUACACUUUCCACGAUUCCUCAAACUCUCGUCACAAACUGUGACAGCCCUAGUGUCCUGGCACCAGACCCCUGUCUAAAGAAAGAUGAAUUUUUGCUUCACCCUGUCACUCUACAGUACCCAACACCUCUAGGGUACGAAAGGAUCACAACCUUUGACAGCAGUGGCAAUGUAGAGGAGGUCUGUCGACCACGCAGACGCCUCAUUCGUAACCAAAACUCGUACGGUGUCCACGGCUCGGCCACACUGAAAGUCACGUCCUCUGAGAAUAAAAAGAUUCAGCUUCCCUAUAGCUCAGCAACAUUAAGUCGUCUCUCUGUCCCUCGAUACUCCAUACCUAGUGGUGACCCUCCUCCUUAUCCAGAUCCAGCCAAUCAAGUUACUGCUACACUUCCUCCUCCCCAGAGAAUUGACAGCAGUCUGAUUCAUGCCACUCUGCGUCGUGACCGCAGGGACGUAGGGCUUAAAGUGCCACAGAUGAUGGACAGCUCAAGAACCCUCCCCACCAAGGCUAAAAUAAACAGUGCACUAGCACUCAGUUACCAGCAGAGGGUGCCCACUGCUUUGUACACAUGCACACAGUGCAGCAGCAACAGCAGCAGUACUAGUGUCAGUGUCAGCGGGGGUGGGACUUCAAGUAGCGGCAUUGCAGGUGGCACAGUGGUGAGGCAAGACUUCCCACCAGGAAAAGGAGCACACCACAGCACCAUCAUUGUGCACUCCAAAGGUGCCUCACCCCUGACCUCUCAGUCGUCUUACAGUCUGUUGGGUGCUGCUGAUAACAGCAGAGACAGAACAGUGUAUGUAAACUCUGCCUUUACUGAAGAUGAGACUUUAAAUCAGCAGUGUCAUCUUGAGAAAUCUGUACGUCAGCUGACCCUUGGAGAUGUCAAUUUGACACUAAAAAGACCUCCGCCUUACCAGUGGGACCCCUCUACCACAGAAGAUUUCUGGCUCACCCCAGAGCAAACAAUGUUAGGUCCCCCACCAGGACCUCAUAAACCACCUCCAAUCAUCAUUAGUCAAGCUCAGCACUUGGACAUGACUCGACUGCCGUUUGUUCUCACAACUAAAGCUCCAGCCAGUCAGAGCACAAGCACACUUACUUUCCCAUCAGGUUACCAGAUAUCUCUAUCACCUUUUCCUCCAGGUGUGGCUCACGGUGGUCCCCCACUUCAGACUUUACAGAAUCCUCCGCCCCAGUGCAAUCCCAGUGAAGGGGUUGGUUCAGUCCCUUUUGGUCAACAGGAAGCAAACUUGGUUUUGCCACCAGGAUAUCCUCCAAAUCUGGCAAACUUGGCCUGCUGUCCUCUCCCUCCAAUGUAUCCAGGAGCCAGCUCAUGUGCCGGACUCCAACUCCAUCCUGUUAACCUCCACCCCUGGAACCCUUACCCCUGCCCACCUCCAAUGCAAGACCCACCAGCACCUCCCCUCCCCACCAAAACGCAUCAGCUUCUAGAAAAGCCCAUUCUAUCCCCUCCGCCUCCUACUGGGCCUCCACCACCACCCCCUCUUCCACCUCCUCCUCCACCUACUGAGCUACCACCCUCCAAAAGUGCCACAGAGGAUCUAGCAGAGUCCACCAACAACUUUCCAGAACCCUCAUCGCUCAACGAAAGCCCUGUGCCGCAGGAGUCAGAUCGCUUCAACAAGAAGAGUCGCAAGAGACUAGACAGCCGGGCCGAGGAGGCAAACAUGUCCAACGUCUCUGAGGGCAAGUCCAGAAAGGAAGGCCGCGCACUCUCUGACUUCAACAGUCUCAUUUCCAGUCCAAGGCUUGGAAGCAGAGAGAAAAAGAAGCCAAAGGGUCAGCGAGAACAACUCAAUAAAACAAAGAAGAUGAGUAGGAACACAAACGAGUUCCAGGACAGCUCAGAGAGUGAGCCAGAGCUGUUUAUCAGCGGAGACGAGCUCAUGAACCAGAACCAGAGCAGUAAGAAGAGCUGGAAGAACAAGCGCAGCCUGCGCAUGGCCAGCGAGCUGGAGGAGAUUAAGUGCCGCAAGGCCAAUGAAAGAGAGGACCGUAGUUUGGGAAGCCAAGGGUUUGUCUAUGUGAUGGCCAAUAAACAACCACUGUGGAACGAGGCCACACAGGUCUACCAACUGGAUUUUGGAGGGAGAGUCACGCAGGAGUCAGCAAAAAAUUUUCAAAUUGAACUGGAUGGUAGACAGGUGAUGCAGUUUGGGCGCAUCGAUGGGAAUGCCUAUAUCUUGGAUUUCCAGUAUCCUUUCUCAGCAGUGCAGGCAUUUGCUGUUGCCCUGGCCAAUGUGACUCAAAGGCUGAAGUGAAAAGGUUACUCUGUAUUGCCACUGGCACACUCAAAAGAAGCCCAAUGGUGUUGGCCACAAGGGUCCACAAUGGUAUUGCAUCCCAGUCUGUCAGGUGACAGCUGGGGACACGUCAAUGUCCAGGAGGUUCUGUUUUAUGAAGAUUAAUAUACAAGGCGGUCUUGGACGUGCUGAUAGUUCACAGUCUGUUGGAGGCAGAGGCAGUCUCGGUUAGUGGUAUUACAGACAAUACCAUUUACUUAGUCAUUUCUAGUUCAUAUAUUGAAUGUAUUCAAGCUAACUUUAGUUAUUAUUCAAAUGUUGUUUAUUGAGGUAAAAAAAGAGUCAACCUUCCUUGGAAAAAUAAAAGAUAUUCACACUAAGUAAAUGUUGGAUUGGAUUUAACAAGCUGUUAGAAGGUUAAGUACCAUCUGGUGCCAAAGACAUCUCUUCUCUCUUUAAGUGAUGGCAAGUUCAAUGUACUUAAAAUGAGUACUUAUUUCAUAUCGGAUUGUGUUGAAAGGAUUUCUUAUAAUGUGAAGCACGGUGGCUUUCAUUUAGCCAACCACAUCUGACACAAUACUGCACGGUUUUCAAUCAUCUUUCAGUUAUUACAGACAUAAAUAACAGUGCUUUAUCAACUAUAUCAAACAAUUUGUUAAUCAUUUUAAUUAUAUCCUUACAUGUCAUGUAUUUUUGAUGCAGUAAUCGGAGUUUUAGUCUGUUUUUGUUGAUAAAUGUCUUCUACUUUGUUUAAACAGCUGAACAUGCAAUAGCAAAAUACAUUGAUUCUGUUGCUGCAACAUGUGGACUUGAGUACGGUUUAACAUAGUUUGUAUAUUUUUUCAUUCAUGAUACUUCUAUGAAGUGGAGCAAUGAAUAUUGUAUUUCAGAUUAUUUGACCACCAUACUGCAAAUCAUUCUUCACCAUAGGCGUUUCUAGACCAUUUAGGGGGGUGCUGAAGCCCCUCUAUAUUGAAUCCCAGCACCCCUAAAAUUUGAGAGAUUUAAAAAAAAAAAAUGUCUGUAUGUCCUUUUUAACAAGCUACAAAAGUUUCAAAACCAUACAGUACUGGGUUGAAAUGUAAUAUCUUAACAAAAAAAAUACAGCAGCUCCACUGAGUUUUACAUGUUGUGCAUUGCAUUUCAAAUGAAAGUCCAAAAAAUAACUCCAAUGUCAAUUUUUGGUAUUUUUGGUUCUCACUUUAGGGUGCUGGUUUACUCCAGAAACAUACAUACUGUUUAUGUGUAUGUUGAGGAGCUGCUGUAUCAAAAUGAGUUGUCUUUCCCCAGAAAUUAGGGUUACCAUGUUUCUCUUAUGAUUCCAAUCCAUUCCUCUUUUGCUGUGGCUCAGCAUUUAAAUAACUUUUAUCAGGUUUGAUGGUUUAGUCACAGACUUUCCCAAAAAGUGUUUUACUUUUCUUUCACAAAUGUGGGAAGGAAAUUGCAUUAAAAUGUACAAAACAGAGAAAUUAUCUUUCCGGGUCAGCACCCCUAAACAUCCGAUCCCAGAAUCGCCCCUGUUAUUCACUCAGACAUGUUUAAAUCUGAUGAUGCAUUCUUAAAUUGGUCAGGUGUAAAUUAGCUUUUGCAUCUUUUAUAUUCAAAGAGUCCCCUCACAUUUGUCAGUAAUGGUUAACAGUAAGUGUAUGUGUGCCAAAUAAACCCAAAUUGCCAAAUGUGUGUAACUGGUGUUAAAGUAAAGGAGAAGGUGGUCCCUCAUAUUCAACAAUUUGCAUAAAAACUGAGAUCCCCUCACACUCAGUUGGCUCUGUGUUGUUAUCUUUGGGUGUUUAUGAUGCUACUACAUCAGUAGUUUGCCUUGUUGGAGAUCAGUGCUGCUUUAGAUAGAUAGAGCUUGUGUGCAAUAACGUUACCUACGUAGAACUGAUGUUGAACUUGCAAAAGAAAAUACAAAGCUGCUUGCACUGUGUAUUUAGUAAAUAACUUUACAUUAUUAUAUGCUUCGAAAAAUGUGCUUAUAUGUUGCUAAUUCCAGUAAUUUUGUACUCCAUCUUUGCUUUAACAUAGUACCAAGAGUUUUUUUGAUGUUCCAUUUGGAAAAAAAGAGAUUAAUUAACUUUCAAAGUUAAUAAAUAAAAAAACCUUCAUGUGUCAGAGGAAUGAGGUUCAUUUAGAUUUGGUGCUAAUGUAUAAAGGAAAACAUUGUGGAAAUGUGAGGACAUGUUUCAUAUGUGGACAGAAAGUUAAAGAAAAGAAGUAAAGAAAAGAAUACAUUAUUUUGAGAGGCUAAAGGAAAAUGAGUGUGGUGAUUUUGAUUUAACAGCUUUGAUUUAACGCAGCUUCAGAGACUCCAGCCAACAUGAGUAUCAGUUAUCAUCAGUACUGCCUAAUUAACAGCUGGUUGACAGAUUUUUCUUUUUCUCUCUUGUUUUAUGAAGGAAACAAAUGUGUUAUGACCAUAUGUUUAUAUGGACCUACAGGUUGGACAGAGUGUAUUAUAUAUGUAUUAAUAAAAACAUUGUUUCAAACGUAUUUCAUUUCCACUUUGACUCUUUCGUUUUCUGAUGCAAGGCCAGUUAUUUUAGGAGCAUACCAUGGCUUCUCCUUUCGGCCAUCAACUUUUUUAAAAAACUUUUUAAUAAUUGUUACUUUAUAGGCUCUUGUUUGCUUUAUAUAUAUAUUUUUGCACUGUCUGCUUUGCUACUGUGACUCUUGAAUUUCCCCGUUGUGGGAUGAGUAAAUGACUAUCUGAUCU